AAGUGGUGGAUGGCGGACACGUGACAGCCAGUGGCUCUCGCUUGCUCCGUCAGUACCGGAGAUGGCAAGAUGGCUGCAAGCAACUAUUAUGGCUUUACACAUGGAGCCGGUCCACAGUACAGCACCCAGCCUCCCCCAGCCUACUCCCACCCGUCCUCUGCCAGCUACAGCGUGCAGCCAGCCCAGGCCGUGGCCCACGCCGUGACCGCCUCCUACGCCCCGGCUCCCGCCCAGGCCGCGCGCCCCGUGGCCACCGCCCCCUACCCCGCCGCCUACCAGGCCCACCCGGCCCCCCCGGACUACGGGUACCGGCAACCGGAGCCCCCCGCGCCCCAGCCCACCACCACCCCCCAGACCUUCCAGGUCUACACCGAGGCGGAGAACUACAGUUAUGGCCGCCCAGCCGUCACCAGCUAUGAGCCCAAGCAGCAGUACUACCAGACCAGCAUCGCUCCAGCACAACGGACCCCCACAGAGACCUACUACCAGACAGUGGGUGUGAAGAGUGUAUACAGCCCAGUCAGCAGCUCCGUGUACAGCCAGCCCCCCGGGCCCCCGCCCCAGAGACAGGUGACGGCCCUGAAGCCCCUGGCCCCCUCCGGCGCCGUCUCCACCAGCUACAACAUCUACCCGGCCGCCUCCACCAGCGUCCAGCAGCCCCCCACCCCCAUCUCCUCCUACGCCCCCUGCUCCUCCUUCAGCUCCGCCGCCGCCACCUCCUACUCCGGCAUCAGCUACUCCACGUACGACACCAGCGGCUACACGUCCACCCCCUCCUACUACCAGCCGGCCCAGCUGCCUCCCCCGCAGCCCCAGCCCCCCCCGCAGCAGCCCCAGCCCCCGCUGCAGCCGCCGCCCAAGCAGCUCACCAGCUCCUCCUGGAGCACGGCGGGCAGCAACAUGGUCACCGCCCCGGCCGUCAACUGCUACAAGAAGCCCAUGUUCCACCAGAGCAAGCUGCAGAAGCCCAAGGGGCCGCCCAAGCAGCCGCAGCUGCACUACUGCGACAUCUGCAAGAUCAGCUGCGCCGGGCCGCAGACGUACCGGGAGCACCUGGAGGGCCAGAAGCACAAGAAGAAGGAGGCGGCUCUCAAGUCCGGGGGCGGCUCGGGGCCGCGGGGCGUCCAGACCCAGCUCCGCUGCGAGCUCUGCGACGUCUCCUGCACCGGCGUGGACGCCUACGCCGCCCACAUCAGAGGGGCCAAGCACCAGAAGGUAGUGAAGCUCCACACCAAGCUCGGCAAGCCCAUCCCUUCCACUGAGCCCGUCUUGGUCAACUCUGCUCCAGUUUACACGACGUCCACCGCAGGGAAGACCACCACCACCCCAUCCCCUGCCCCGGCCUCCACCCCGGCCCCGGCACCGGCCCCCGCGCCAGCCUCUGCCGCCAACCCAGCACCACCCAAACCUACCGUGGUGAACACCCUCACCAGGACUCCAGCACCCCCCAAGAAGACAAUCCCGCCCAAGAUCACCCCCGUUGUCACCAAGCCCGUCGCCCCCCCAGCUGCCAGGGUUGAGGAGACCAAACCCCCCGCCCGUCAGAAGGCGGAGCCCCUGAGUGACGAGGAGGACGGGGAGGGUUCGGGGGGCCCGGGGGACGUCCAGCCCGUGGGACACGACUACGUCGAGGAGGUCCGGAACGAUGACGGCAAGGUGGUCCGCUUCCACUGUAAACUGUGCGAGUGCAGCUUCAACGACCCCAACGCCAAGGACAUGCACCUGAAAGGCCGCAGACACCGGCUGCAAUACAAGAAGAAGGUGAACCCGGAGCUCCCGGUGGAGAUCAAGCCCAGUAACCGGGCCCGGAAGCUGCAGGAGGGCAAGCUGAGGAAGCAGAAGCAGAAGGCCGUGCUGAAGAGGCAGAGGGACGACGAGCAGCGCUGGCACAUGGAGAUGAGGCGCUACGAGGAGGACAUGUACUGGAGGAGGAUGGAGGAGGAGCAGGUGUACUGGGGGGAGCAGAGGCGGAGGAUGGCCCCCCCUCCCCUGAUGAGCCGCCCAGGCAUGCCGGUGCCCCCCCUGUUGCCGGUGCGUCGCCCCGACUCCCCCGACGACCGGCACAUUAUGGCCAAGCACUCCACCAUCUACCCGGUGGAGGAGGAGCUGCAGGCGGUGCAGAGGAUCGUGUCUCACUCGGAGCGGGCCCUCAAGCUGGUGUCGGACUCCCUGCUGGAGAAGGAGGCUCCGCCGGCCUCCAGCCCGGCCGCCGAGGAGGGGGAGGAGAAGGGGGCCGAGUCCCCGCCCCGCCUGCUGAAGGGGGUGAUGAGGGUGGGCAUCCUGGCCAAGGGCCUGCUGCUCCACGGAGACCGCAGCGUGGAGCUCAUCCUGCUGGCCGCCAAGAAGCCCACGGUCUCCCUGCUGCACAGCAUCGCCAGGCAGCUGCCCAAGGAGCUGUCGAACCUCGCUGAGGACCAGUACGAGGUGCAGGCCGAGCCCGACAAGGCCACCAUCGUGAUCUGUUCCAGCAAGGAGCCCAAAAUGCAGGUGACCGUCUCCCUCACCUCCCCGCUGAUGAGGGAGGAGGCCGUCCCCGAGGAGGAGGCGCGGGCCGCGCCCGCUCAGCCCUCGGCGGGGAAAGGUGUGUGUGAGAAGGAUCCUCCUGAUGUGCUGAACAAGAGGAGGUGUCUGGAGUACCUCUCUGCCCUCCGUCACGCCAAAUGGUUCCAGGCCCGUGCCAACGGUCUUCAGUCGUGUGUGAUCAUCAUCCGAGUGUUGAGGGACCUGUGCCAACGAGUGCCAACUUGGGGCAAGAUGCCAGGCUGGGCCAUGGAGCUGCUGGUGGAGAAGGCCAUCAGCAGUGCUACAGGUCCUCUCAGCCCUGGAGAGGCCAUGCGUCGAGUCCUGGAGUGCAUCGCCACGGGCAUCCUACUGCCAGAUGGGCCUGGUCUGCUGGACCCGUGUGAGAAGGACCAAACCGACGCCCUGGAGACCCUGACCAAACAAGCCCGAGAAGACAUCACAGCCAGCGCACAGCAUGCAUUGCGUCUGCUGGCGUUCCGCCAGAUCCACAAGGUCCUGGGGAUGGAGUCCCUGCCCGCGUCCAAGGCCAGCGCCCGCAACCGCAAGCGCCGCCGGGACGGCAGCGACGCCGGCGAAGGGGAGGGCGAGGGCAAGAAGGACAAGAAAGAGGAGAGCGCCGAGGACGCUUGAGUCCCCCCCGCUGGCCGCGAGCUGGUACUGCAGGUAGAGGGCCCGCUCCCAAUCUCCCAACAACAACGACAGCAAACAAACGGAACCCUCCUUCCUGCCUUGUAGAAGUCACUGAUCUGACGUGGGUUGGGAUGGGUUUGAGUCGCGCUGGGGGACGCACGCCUUCACCCCGUCCAGUCAGGUUAGAUCAGAGAUCUAGGUUCAAGGAGAGGAGAGGAGGAAGGGGGAGGUCACGUGAUCAGAGACUUGUCUCUGGAGCGACGGGAAUGUCCCUCGACGCAGGGUCGCUCUCAGAUAGGCCCCAGGCCCGACUUAAAGAGGCCCCCCGGUCGGGCGACGGGGAGAAUCUCCACGGACACAUUUCAUAAUCUAGGACUAGGCUUUAUCUGUGUCAGGGCAAACCACACCCCUUUCAUUUUCCGAAUAUUGUAUUUCAAAGGAAUAUAACUGACCUAGCCAUCACGUGUCCGUGCCUCCUUAACGAGGUGGAGUGGUGGAGUAUAGGAUGCUAAACUGUUAACUGUGACUCUGUACUGUACUUGACUGUACUGUAAAUGUUCAUCAAAGCGUGUCCCGGCAGUUUCCGUUCCCAGUUUUUCAACACAGCCGACGAUUGCUUCAUUUCUUUCCAGAAUACUUCAAACACAAGGUACUGAACCCCGUUGUCUCUGUCCAGAGGUGUGUGUUUGUGCAUGGGGGGGGGGGGUGCGGGCAGCUAAGUCACCUUAGCUUCCACGCACAUACAACCCUUUACCUGACCACUGACCUUUGACCCCACCCCCACCCGUGCCCCUAGUUUGCGACCCCCUUACCCUUGCUCAGAGCCCCCUCACCAGUCACUGUUACUACCCUUGUCUUCGAUAUACUGUCCGAUGUCUUACAUACUGUGGAUGCCUCUGUUGUAAUCAGAAGAAAAAGCACUUUCUGGCUCCCCUUCCCCAGGUUUCCAUGCAGGAAGGAAGCAGUUUGGUGUCUGUUCACCUCUCCCCAGCACAGCCCAAUCCCAGUGUGUCAUCUUACCAGUGCGGGGGGGGGGGGGUGGUUACUAACGUGGGAGCAUGUAUAUUCAGAACAGUAGGAUAAGGGAGGUGUGGAGUUCGAGCCUUUAGCAAAGGCUUUAGACUGAACUAAAACAGGGGCAAUUUUAAUGUAACUUUUCCGGAAAGCUUACUGUCAAUUGUGCCUCUGCUACAGGCUGUUACUAAUAGAUGAGUGCUUUGAAUGAAGUAUUUGUGUGGGUGUUUUGGACAGCUGAACCAUGACUUGAAAGAUGAUUCACACACACACA